GGUCAGUUGAACCGAGGUCAUGUUUUAGCAUGUCUUUGUACUUCAUUAGCAGUGUCAGUGGUAUGUAAACAACUUUCACAAAUGUCUAUUCAACAUAAGUUCUCACUAAAAAUGUCAUAUAAAUGCACUACUCAUCUUAUGGCUUUAAUUGUUCAUUUCAAUUGAUUAUAGAUUGCUAUUCCAGUCAAAAUAUUCCAGUACCAAUGAACAGGUGUCAUUGUAGUGUCCCACAUGCAUUUAUCACUGAAGUACUUGUGGCCUUUCAGCUAACGUAACUUUCGGGGACAAUACUACACUGUCCUGGUAUCUACCGAAACCAACAAACAAGGAGUUCACAGUGUGGAACACACGCUCAGGGAAACCCAUACUCACUGUAGCCAACUACAAUAAUGUCACUGACAUGAGCCUAGAAUCCAGAAUCACAUUUACAGGGAGCAUAUCACCUUCGGAAACAGGAUUAUUUAGAUUUGUCAUCAGUGAUGUCAAGUUCCACGACGAAGGCCAGUAUGAGUGUUAUGUUGGCCCGCCAGAUAACAGAGGGUUUACAAUUGAUAAUUGUGGACAGACACUUUUCGUGAUGGCUGCAUCAACUGUGUACAUCCGGUUUGGAGAAACAGCAACUCUGGCUUGGAAUUUGCAUGGGUCUGGAAUGAAAGAGUUUUGGGUCAGAAACGACUUUUGGCACAGCACAAUCUUUCACAUUACCAAGUACAAGAAAGUGAACAUUCCCAGUAGGACUCUGAGAUCAAGAAUAGUAUUCACCGGACACAUAACAUCGUCAGGAACUGGUCUGUUCAGGUUCAUGAUCAAUGACGCUGACGACCAUGACUUUGGUCAGUACAGCUGCUACAAGGGUUCACCACAACGUCCGGGAGCAAAGGUCCCCAACUGUGGGCAAAACCUGGUUGUGAUACGCGUUCAAGAACCCUACAUUGAGAGCCCGAGAAAGGCAACAGUCGGUGAUUCUGUAAACCUGACAUGCCACUCCUUUUUGAAAAGCUUCCCCAACUGGAACCUGACCUUGUCCUUCAUCUGGAGUAGGAACGGAACGAGAGUGGAGCACGGCGGCAAGCAUAAACUGGUGUCUGUUAGCAGGAGCUGGACAGGUGGGCGAUACAUGACGAUCACUCUGACCAUCAGUGGCGUGACAAAGAAGGACAGAGGAGAGAGAUAUACUUGUCAGACAGUAGUUGGGGAGAAUCUUCUCACAGAUCAGAGUAUGGAAAAUAUCCUUGAUGUAUCGUAUAUACCUCACCCUCACAGUAAAAACACGGAAGUAGAAGUGGGUGACAAUGUGUUGUUUUCCAUGAAGACAUUCGUACACCAGACAAAGAUCUACGUGAUCAGUCCCACUGAUAGACUUGUGUUCGAGAUGGACUCCUAUGAAAUCUACAUACGGGAAGCCUUCUGGACCAGGAUCAAGGUUAUGAAGGUCAUCACUUCAUUGGCUACAGCCUCUGUACAGUUCCAACUCUCUGACAUCACAUCAUCUGAUGCUGGGAGGUACUACUGUAGCGUGGAGCCUCGUGGACAGACAGGCUGUUCCUGGGAUCACUUCCUGGUCGUUUCCAAUGUCACAUCUAACACAGUGACUGUCACCAGCACACAAACCUCAGCUGCGACAACUACCGGGAUACUUCUUUCUACAGCUACAACCGCCAACACUGACCAAAAUUACUGGAACUUAAGGUCACAACGAUCGUACAUCACACCAAUGCAGAACAUGCCAGAAAAUAUCGAUAGUCAAGGCUAUGCUGAAAUCGACAAUGCUGAUUUACUUGAACGUGGCGCAGGCAACCUUGCGCGACCUGUCGGUAAAAUCCAAUCUGAUGACAAUAUUCCACCUGGUGCAAGAAUCCGGCGAGAAAGGCAACAGUUAGAACGUAACUGUAGGAAGGUAGAUGAGAAUGACGAAUAUGAAGAGGUGAAACCACUGGACACUAUCAACAGUGAAGAGCUUGCAGAAGAGCAAGAAAAGAGAGCUCCAAUGCAGCAACCUGACCAGGACAGUGUGGAAGACAUUACGGGUGAAAUGAACAUAACAUUACCUGAAGCCUCCUCUUAUUCAGACCCCCUGCUUUCUGUUGCUGAUUGGUCGGUCCAUGGAAGAGACUCUGGAAGUAUGACAGCAGGGCGUAUCGAUGCGCUUGCAGAGACAAGCUUCAUGACUCAAGACACUGAUGAACCAUGGGAUGCACCCCUCGGUACCGUUGAUACUGAGAAGUUAUCAGGUACUAUAGAAAUAUUUCCCGAAGUCGGACGGAUGACAGCAAACAAUGCAGGAGCACAUCAGCUCUCGAUGGAAGGAAGAGGGGAUAAUGCUGAAAGUGAAGCACGUGGUGUCACUAAUAUAACAACAGAUAAUUAUGACAGUCUGAUGCCGCACCGAUCUUGUCACACGUACAGAGCGCUGGGUCAUACAACGGAUAAAUAG